CAGCAGGGGUCUGGAGAGUGGGAGGAGGGAGAAAAACCAAAGAAAGGACAAAAUAAAACUGGAUGAGCUGAGGGGUGGCGGGUGGGGGCAAUAAAAAAACGAGAGGGGAGACAGAGGGAGGAACCGAACCAGGCAGCCAAGAGAGGCAGCGAAAAAGGGGAGGGAGCAAAGAAGGUUACCUCAUCUGGAACUGUACACACGGUGCAGGGGAGAAGUUGUGGGAAAGUAAACAGGACAGGAGAAUUCCAAUCUGUGUUCAGCCACUUGCAGCCCUCAGAGGAGACUAUAAAGAUGAGUGUGCUGGAGCUGGAGCUGUGGUAAAAGCUGAGAGUUUAUGGGAGGCUACCAGGAUUAAAGGGUCAUCAGGGAGUGCCUGAAGCUUCUCGGAGGACACACUACUGAGGACAAGGAGCGAUUAUGUCUACUGUGGUGUCUCAGCAACUGCUAAAACAGGAUGGAGAGGAUGAUGACGAGGAGCAAGGAGAAGAGUUUGAGUUUGAUGACAGUACAGAUGAGGAUAAACUUCAGGAAGACAGUAAGACGAUCAUAGACUGUGUCAAACCUGUCCAAGCAUCAAAGCAUGAAGACAACGUGACAUCAGGCAGCAUCUCACAAACAUUUACUGACAGCACACGGCUUCCUACAGCUUCACCUUCUGCUGGGCCAGACAGCGUUGCCACCAAGGAUCCAGCUUCAGUUUCUACCACAGAUGUUCCAGUUACUGAGUCACCCAACUGUGCCUCAGAAGCAGAAGCAGAUGAGCCCAGUGCUUCAGUUCCUUGUGUAGGACAGGAGCUCCAGGGUUUUCCUGUGGCACCAUCAGCUGUGGAGUCCCCGGUCGAUUCAGGAGACCACAGCAAAGAAACCGUCAAGCAAGGCUCGAGGGGCAUCCCUGAAGCCGAACCACCGACGGCAGAGGCUUCGGAGGUGAUCUAUGAUGAUGUUCCAAGCGAAGAACCCCUCUCUCCUGAUGAAGCAGAUAUGAUCUAUGAAGACGUUCAGAGAGACACUGGUGCUUUGGAGGCAGGCAACGGAUGGAGCUCCAGUGAGUUUGAAAGCUACGAUGAGCAUUCUGAUAAUGAGGCCAAACUACCAACAAAGAGCAAGCUCUCUCCUGAAGUGCGUCGGCUGAGGGAACGGUGUGCCAGGACCAAACGAGAACUGGCCAUGAGGCUGUCUGGAAAGCACAACUAUGACAUCAAGGUUCAGCAGCUCAUGAAGGCGGCAAGAAGCGGAACGAAGGAUGGGCUUGAAAGGACCAAAAUAGCCGUCAUGCGAAAAGUUUCCUUCCUGCAGAGAAAAGAUCAAUUGGAAGAGGAGGAUGAUGCAGGAUAUCUGGAUGUGGCUGUGUCAGAAGUGAAGCAUCCUCCCCCACAGCUGAGCCCGAUGCCAGAGGGGCUGACCAGCCACCAGGUUGUCAGGCGCCAUAUCCUUGGCUCCAUCAUUCAGAGUGAGCGCAGCUACCUGGAAUCUCUCAGGAGAAUCUUGCAGGAGUACCACCGACCACUGAUGGAAGCUGAUCCACGCAUCCUGAGCCCACGGAAAAUCCGGCCUAUAUUUUACCGAAUCAGGGAGAUCACCCAGUGCCACUCCAUGUUUCAGAUUGCACUGGCAUCACGUGUGGCCGAGUGGGACAGUACUGAGAAAAUAGGAGACUUAUUUGUUGCAUCGUUUUCCAAGUCCAUGGUGCUGGAUGUAUACAGCGACUAUGUAAACAACUUCACUAAUGCCAUGGCGCUCAUUAAAAAGGCGUGCAUGUCCAAACCAGCUUUUCUGGAAUUCCUAAAGAAAAAGCAGGCAUCAAGUGUUGAUCGGAUCACUCUGUACGGCCUGAUGGUUAAGCCCAUUCAGCGAUUCCCUCAGUUCAUACUGCUCCUGCAGGACAUGCUUAAGAAUACGCCCAAAGGACAUGUGGAUCGCCUGCCCCUGCAGCUUGCUCUCACAGAGCUAGAGGUGCUGGCUGAGAAGCUGAAUGAACAGAAACGAGUAGCCGACCAGAUUGCAGAGACUCAACAGCUAGCCCGCAGCGUUAGUGAUCGCUUGCUCAGUAAGCAACUGAACUCGGAGCAGGGGUCACUCGUCCUUUGUGAGACGCUUAUUGAGACUGUGUAUGGUGAGCGGGGACAAGUCCUGAAGUCGAAGGAGAGAAAGGUCUUCCUCUUUGAUGAUGUACUCAUCUGUGCCAACAUAAAUGUCAAAGGGCCUCCAGAUAUCAGCAGCCUAGUCCCUGUUGGCCCCAAGUACACAAUUAAGUGGAGCGCCCCCCUUCAACAGGUGCAAGUAGUAGAAGUUGGGCAGGAGGGCUCUCAAAGCAAAGACACCUUGUUCCAGCAGAGUGGGGCUAAGAGGCCAAGUGGUACCUUCACGUCAGGUAGAGCAAUCCUAGGCCCUCCACGCCUUUACCAGGAGCUACAAGAGCUACAACAUGACCUUUCUGUUGUGGAAGAGGUCACUCUGCUUGUGGGUACAUUGGAAGGGACAUAUCAGAACCUCAACACCACUGUGGCCCAGGACUGGUGUCUGGCUCUGCAGAGGCUUAUCCGCAUCAAAGAAGAACAGAUCCAGAGUGCUAACAAAUGUCGCUUACGCCUGCAGGUGCCUGGCAGGCCAGACAAGUCAGGGCGUCCUGUCAGUUUCAUGGUGGUCUUCAACACUCCUAACCCCCUUAGUAAGAUCUCUUGGGUCAACCGUCUGCACUUGGCCAAGAUUGCACUACGAGAGGAAAAUUCACCAGGCUGGUUAUGUGGAGAGGAUGAAGGAAAGACGACAGCCCCCUUUUGGUAUCCACUGCUCGCCUGUCACAUGUCUGUCUUUGCUACAAAAUCAACAGAGAGAAAGCUUGAAGCUGCUCUCCACAAUCCUGUUCAUUGUGCGCUGUUGGGCUUCUCUGCAGCAAGUACAUCCUUACCUCAAGGAUACCUCUGGGUGGCUGGUGGAGCAGAAGGUUCCCAAGGACAGAUAGAGAUAUUUUCCCUCAACAGACCCAUGCCACGGGCUGUAAAGAGCCUGCAAGUAGAUUCUCCAGUCCGAUGUCUUGAAUAUGUCCCGCUACCUUCCCCGACUGACGAAGUGGAGUCGGGAGUUCCAAAGACACCCUCGGCAAUCGGCUCUAAUAUUUGUGUUGGAUUAGACGAUGGCCGAGUGCUGGUCUAUGGCAGUGUGGACACUGCAGCACAAUGCUUACUGACCCUCCAUAACCCAGAGGGGUGCCCUGUGCUCUGCCUGAAGCACUCCUCCCGCUUCCUGUUUGCAGGACUGCGGAACGGGACCAUGAUGGUUUAUGGAAGAAAUAACAGUGAUGAUCUUUGGGACCCUAAAUCCCAUAGAUGUGUAAGCCUGGGUACAGAGCCAGUUCGGACACUGCUGGUGUUAGACGACUCAGUGUGGGCGAGCUGCGGGAACUCUGUCACAGUCGUGGAAAUAUCUAGCUUCAACACACAGAAGUUUGAAGUUCAUCCAGACCCACGGGUCAGUGUUGCACACAUGGCGUGUGCUGGUGGAGGGGUGUGGAUGGCGUUCUCAGAAGGUUCCUCCAUUCGUCUCUUUCACACUGAAACGUUGGAACUUCUGCAGGAAAUCAACAUCUCAACACGCUCAACGUUCCAGACCACUGGUCAGAAGAGCAUGCGAGUCACAAGUCUUCUAAUUUGCCAGGGGCUGUUAUGGGUGGGCACAGCUCAAGGCUUAAUUAUCACUCUUCCAGUUUCCAAACUGGAGGGCAUCCCCAAAAUAACAGGAAAGGGAAUGAUCUCACUAAAUGCCCACUGUGGGCCUGUGGACUUUUUGGCGGCCACCGCAAGCUCUCUGUCUCCUGAACUUCUAAAGAGGGAUUCUGUUGGGGAUAGCCCAGACUCUGCAUGUGGAGGUGAGGAUCGCAGUGACAACUCCUCUCAGGAAUCCCUGCAACCAUCCAGCUCCUACCAGGGAGAGGGGAGAGGCAAAGGGCGUGGCGUUCUGCUGCAGUAUAAGCUGCGCUCCACGUCGGGACUGCCCGGACGGCCGUUAACGGCGCUGGGCGACGAGGCGUCGGACUCCUCGCUGGAGUCUUUAGAGCACAGUGUGGAAGACGGAUCUAUCUACGAGCUCAGCGAUGACCCAGAAAUGUGGGUCCGGGGACGCACUUGUGAAAGGGAUGGGGGCCGCAGGGACAGGGUGAUUUCUGCUGCAGUUAUCUCUGGAGGAAAAGGUUUUCGCAGACUGAAGGAGGGAGCAGCAGCAGGUACUAGGACAAGUGGGGAGGGUUUAGAGAAUAUUCUUAUGGUAUGGCAGCUCCCACUGACAGUGUGAUGUGGCAAACUUAUGUGUAUUCAUAGAAUUCUCCAUAGCUUAGGCUUGAAUCACCUACUCCAUAAAUUCUGUACAUUUGAGUAUAUGAUGGGAAGGCGGUGCCUCUGUCCCAGAGCAUGACAUGUUAUGUUCGAACCUGUGAAAUAAGCACGCUAAUGAGUUAAUGCUGCUUAUAAGUCAGCCCAUAGGAUCCUUUGAAUGUUUAGGAUGGCGCAUCAUGAUCGUUCCAGCAGAGGCACAGGCCACUACAGAUUAGGUGUGUGUUGUGGGAUUGUUUUGAGCAGCUCCCUGCCUUAGUUAAGACUGAUACGCCACAAUUUAACCUCAUCAUUGCUACAUGUGCUGUGCCACAUCUACUCAGUGCAAAGGAUUUCUGUGUGAGCACCCAUGGACACGACGCCUUUGAGAGGCAGCCUUUGUGGAAUCUGCCAUGCUCUGCAGAGUUAGAAAUGGACGUCUUUUAUCUGAUCCUGUGGGAGAGAUCCCAUCUGUUUAGAGCUGAAAGCUGGGGACUACCAUCGCAUCACAAAGCACAUUAGCAUCACUUUAUAAGCUUUGCCAGCUUUUUUCUCAUCCCAUACAAUGUGAAUGUGCGAUACCUUGCAUUGUGUCUCAAAGCUGAAUCGGUGCUCUGGGAAAAAAAAGAAUGUCAUUUUUCUUAUUUUUUUGCAGGUGUUGCAAAAAUUACUCUUGGUUCUUAAAGCUUACUUUGCCUAUAUUAAGGAGAGUCAUCUUAGUACGGUGUUUUAAAAAAAAAAGGAUAGCGAGAGAGAGAAAAAACAUGAUUUGGAAAACUACUUGAUGAGAGUCACAGAUGGUGAUAAUCUACAUUACAGAAUCUAUAAUCACACUGCAAAAUGAUCUAAUUAUUACAGUUUUAUUUGAUCAAAUGAAACUUUUCAGUGCCAGAGCAGCGUAUUAUCUUCCCGCAAUAUUAUAAAUGCCAGAUAUGUGUUUCAUUAGUCACUGGCAUCUAUCAGCAUAAUUAAACAAAUGUGCACCCUGGUUUGUGAAUACUCGGCUCACAUCAGUUGGAAGCCCCAUUCAAAUAUUCAAAGUUAGACUCAAACGAAUGAUGAAAUGAAAGCGCUGCAGCCAUCUAAACUGCUGUCAGCUGUGUACAAAUACAAAUGCUCAUGUUUACAGGACCAUUAAUUUCGGUAACAGAAGAAGAUUCUGACUAAAUAUGUUCUAAUACAGCUACAAUACAAUUAACAGAUGGUCGUGAUGAUGUAUAUUACCAGUGAUAUCACCCAGGACUUUAAGUCAUGGAGAAUUUUUCUUGUUUUCCUUCUGUUUUGCUAAUGUUUUGUAAAUAUUUGGAAUUUUAGUCAAACAUUUUGUCCAUAAUAUUUUAUAAUCAGGAUAUGAAGAUGUCCUUAAACAGCCUGUCAUUCCUUAUGUAUAGAAACCUCACAAUGUUUCUGUGGUUGUCAUGUCUUGAGAUUAGUUGAUUUACAGAAUCUGUUUAACCAAAAAAAUAUAUAAAACUCUUUUUUUUUUUAAAAAUAAUUAAAAAAAAUACAAAGGGAUAAAGUAUAUGUAAUGCAGUGUCCUUAGAGUCCAUCCAUAUUUUUAAACUUGUGAGCACCCAACAGUAUGAGAAGUGUUCAGUGGUACUGUGUGAAGUAUUUGAAAGGUUUUCCUUCAAGACGUCUUAAAGUUGAACACGCGUUGGCAGACUUGUAAACACAGGCUUUCGAUCAUAGAGGAACCUAAAUCAAAAGGUACGUAUUUUACAAUGCACAUUUCUCAUGGUGUGCAGGCACAGUAGGGUGGAGGCCACACAAGUAUCCAACUACGAACUGAGUUUUGUUGAUUUUCAAUAAGCCUGGCGAUGGUUAAGGUUAUGGUAUAUCAUUUUUCUCCACCUCUAUUCUACUUAGCUUUUCCACCACACGUGGAUUCUCAUCUUAUCCCUUUAUCGCAGAAGCAUGAAGUUCAUGUUUUGUAUUUCCCUGAGGCACAUCGAGGUUUAUUCUCUCUUUUCUUCUGCUCCUCACAAGUGAGAUUCAAAAAACGUUUUAAACAUCCCGCUGUCAGCCAGAAUCAUUCAGGAAAAAGAUAAAAUAAAAUAAAAUGAUGUAAACUGUCCUUGGAUGCUGUCAUCUAAAUGUAAAUCUAAAUGUCACAUCAGAAAUGUAUAUUUUAAUUCAUGUGAAAUUCAAUGCGGCUGAAGGCACAUAACUCACAGUAACUGUAGGGAUUGUUCAUUCAGCCGUUUUUAGGGUUAUUUUUUGCCUCGACUGGAGGGGGAAUAGACAGCAAACAUGGCUGGAAUCAAACCAGGAGUAUUGCAUUUGGCUACUAUGGCACUUAACUUAUUUAAACAGAGCAUAAAUGUAAUUUCUGCAAUAAAAGUUUCAUAUCACAUAUCAACCUUGGCAUUUCAUUUGCUUACAGUAUUGGCCUGCAGGUAUUAUCCAUGCACUGAAUGUUAAUACUCAAGAAUGAACAUAAUGUAUUACUAAUUAGAAGUUCUACUGUACUAAACCUGUUUCAUUUUAUAUAAAGGACUGCAACUCUACUGAUGUUUUGAAAUAAGAGGCAGUUUACACAUUGUUUUCUUCCUGUGGUGAUCUAUAUAAGUAGAUUUGACAAUUAUUUCUUUGAGCUAUGAUAACAUUUACUCACAAAGAUGCUGAGAUUUGACAACAUUGUGACAGUACUGAAAGCAAGAAGUCUCUGUUGUAAACACCCAUCGCCUACUGUAUUUGAUGUCGUUGUACGCAUAAUUUUCCUGUGCAGUGAAGCAUUAUUACUGUCAUAAAAGAUGCAUUCACCCUAAGUUCCUCCUCUUAGGUUUGUUGGCUUAUUUACAGGCUUCAUUGUCACAUAGUUCCCAGAUCUCAGUGACUCAUUACUUUGGCGAGUGGAAUAUUAUCAUAGCUGAUAGAAAUGUAACGUCAAUAAGGUUAGAAAAGCGAUGAAGAAGAAUUAUACUUCAAGUAAUAAUAUUGCACUUGAGUGGCCACAAGCAUAUAGGAAAAAAAUGCCUGUUUCCUUUUGCUGCAAUACUUCAAUGUUACAUGUCUAAAUAUUGUCUAAUGUGCAUAUACUAAAUUAAAGCAUUUCAUUGAAGAUGAA